AUGGUGAAAACCGAGGCGGCGGAGGAGCGGGGGCCCCUGUCCCGGACGCCGCUGCCGCCGCCGCCGCCGGUAGCGGUCGGGGGUAGCGGCGGGAGGACCGCCACGGCGGUGAUCGACCUCAAUAGCAGCGACUCCGAUUCCGACGGAGAGGGUGCGGUCGGAAGCGGUAAGAGGGCGAGGGGCGCUGGAGGAGACGGCUCCGCGACGAAGCGGGCUAGGGUUUCAGCGGUCGUUGACCUGCCCCCUGGUUUCCUCGAGCCAAUCCCGCCGCCGCCGCUGCCGGUGCCAUUGGCAGCUUGUGCGACGAAGCAGUUCUGGAAGGCCGGGGACUACGACGGAAAGCCGCUCGGUGAUGGGGUGGCUCAGCCGUCAGUCUCUGGAAUGGAUCAUGUUCGUGUGCACCCUAGAUUUCUGCACUCAAACGCAACAAGUCACAAGUGGGCCCUAGGUGCUUUGGCUGAGCUGCUGGACAAUUCUCUUGAUGAAGUUAUAAAUGGAGCUACCUAUGUGAACAUAGAUGUGUUAGAGAAUGACAAAGACAUCGAUAAAGAGAAGUCCAGAAUGCUUCUUGUUGAAGAUGAUGGUGGUGGAAUGGACCCUGAUAAAAUGCGGCAAUGCAUGUCCUUGGGUUAUUCAGUUAAGAGCAAAGUUGCUAGUACUAUUGGACAAUAUGGUAAUGGUUUCAAGACGAGUACAAUGAGGCUUGGUGCUGAUGUUUUGGUCUUCUCCCGUAGUCGUGGGAAAUCAGGCAAAAGGCCUACUCAAAGCAUUGGCAUGCUAUCUUAUACGUUUCUUAGGAGCACUGGCAAAGAGGACAUCAUUGUUCCAAUGAUUGAUUAUGAAUAUAAACAAGGUUGGGAAAGAAUGGCCCGGACUACAUUAGAUGAUUGGAGCACAAGCUUGCAAACCAUCAUUACAUGGUCUCCAUAUUCAACUGAAGCAGAAUUACUUGAACAGUUUAGUUCUAUGAAAGAUCGAGGGACACGAAUUAUUAUUUACAAUCUUUGGGAGGAUGACCAAGGGGACUUGGAGCUUGAUUUUGAUGCUGAAGUACAUGAUAUUCAACUCAGAGGUGGUAACCGCGAUGAGAAAAAUAUCCAGAUGGCAAAGCAGUUCCCAAACUCCAAGCAUUACCUCACAUAUAGGCAUUCAUUGAGAAGUUAUGCAUCAAUUUUGUAUUUGCGACUUCCGACUUACUUCCAAAUGAUUUUGCGUGGAAAAGAGAUUGAACACCAUAAUAUUGUGACUGACAUGAUGCUGAAGAAAGGGGUCACAUACAGGCCUGUGGCACCUAAUGGACAUCCAAAGGAUUCAAAUAUGGUAGCUGAUGUAACAAUUGGGUUUGUAAAAGAUGCAAAACAUCACAUCGACGUUCAAGGAUUUAAUGUAUACCACAAGAACCGUUUGAUAAAGCCUUUCUGGAGAGUGUGGACUGCUGCUGGAAGUGGUGGUCGUGGUGUCAUAGGUGUACUUGAGGCAAAUUUCAUUGAACCAGCUCAUGAUAAGCAAGACUUCGAGCGGACAACACUUCUAGCAAGACUUGAAGCACGAUUAGUUCAAAUGCAGAAGGAUUACUGGUCUGGGAAUGCUCAUCGAAUAGGAUAUGUUGCACCACGAUCUGGCAGGAACUCUGAGGCAGGAGAUGGAGAAGACUCUCCUGAAAACACAGCAAGUGCACAACCAUCACCUUAUCAUUCUGGGAAAGGGUACACACAGGCAAAAGACAUGAAUAAUAAUAUUAAAAAGGGUGGUAAGGCAAGCACAUCAUUUGGUAUUCAGCAGAGAGCUGAGAAGUCCGCAAGGACUAAACGAUCUACCAAGUCAAUACUACACGGGCUGUCUGAUAGUGAUAAUAGUGAUUCUGAGUUUAUGGGCACUCUUUCGAGGUCAAGAUCUCACACCGUGAACAGAAACCAAAAAUUGUUUCAAAAUGGCAGUACUGGUUUGACAACACCUCAAUCCAGUGGACUAAUAGAAAGAGAGAGGGUCAGAACUAAAUCCCAGCCAUUGGACCCAGAAGCAACAAGUAACGGAGAUCUGCAUACUAUCGAUGAGUAUGAGUCUGUUAUCAAGCAGUUAAGGGAUGAAAAUUUAUCACUAAAGGAAAGAUUAUCAAAGGUGGAAGAAUCGAUGUUGCAAGAGCUAGUGGUGGAGCGUGACAAGAAUAAGUCUUUGACAGAGAGGCUGGAGGAUCUGCAGAGACAACUUGAGUCUGCAACCAAGGAACAAGAAGCGUUGAUCGACAUCUUCUCAGAAGAGAGGAACCGACGAGAUCAAGAAGAGGAGAGCCUGAGGAAGAAGCUGAAGGACGCAUCUUCCACCAUACAGGACUUGCUGGAGCAACUGAAUGCUGCCAGGAAAGGCCGCAAAGUUUGA